AUGGUGAGUCUCUUACGUUGUUCAAUGUUCAAACCUUCACCAGGCUCACCAAUGAUAGCAUCCGAAUACUGGUCCAUCUCCAGAAUGCUGAUGAUUUCCUCAACGCUUGACCCAACCGUCAAUGUGAUCCAAAAUUCUCUUUGGCUUCUUUCCAACCUUGAUAUCGUAGGUGACGUCUCUCCAGUGGAAAACACCUUUACUCUCAAGGAUACGGCCAGAUUCUUCCGAAGAACCAGCCUCGUCUUUCAAGAAUUCGGGCUUCUCGUCGCUCGAUCCGGUCUCGAUAUCUUGCUUGGCAACAGUCUUCUUCUUGCUCUUUCCAAAGUGGUGCAGGAAAAGCACAACGUCUCCCUUUUGCAAAGCACUCUUGGAGUACUCAACCAUGUAGAGAUAGACAAACAGGAAGAAAAUCACAAAUCCCAUGUUGAUACCCCAGUUUCUCCACUUGUGCUUAGCAUAGUAGUUGUAAGACAGGCGAAUAAAGUCGGUUCCGGAAACAGAAGAAGCGCCUGGAACAGCAGCAACGGUGUUGCAGAUCUUGUUGGCCAUGGAAAUUCCGGGAUAGUUUGGAAUGUAAUCGUCGCAAUCGAAAUGUCUUCCGUGGAACUCGUUAGCCAUCAAAGCCUCGAAAGAGUAUCCGAUUGGAUCCAAAUAGUUGAUCCAACGAGACCAUCCGUGCAUGUUCUUGACAGGGAUAGCAAAACCUGUGUACAGAACCAAACAACUAAUCACAAACAUGGUUGGUGUCAUGGCCUCAGAAAGAGUCCGGAAACCAGAAGCAAGCGAUCUCAUCAUAUGAGACAACACAAAAGUACUGGUGAGGUUCAUCAACAAGUAGAAGAAGAACGAACCAGGAUUUCUGCGGAAGUUGACCAUGAAAUAGAAAAUCAGGUUGAAGCAUGCACUGAUCAACACCUUAUUAGGAGCCUCAAUGACAAUGGAAGCGAGAGCAUCUGUUGA